AUGCCGACUACGAUGAAUGGCGAUGGCGACACGCCGUGGGAAAGCGAUGACGAUGAGAAUUUCGUCCCCGUACACGCGUGCAAAGCUAAAACGACCUUGACUCCAGUGCACAAUGGCAAUUCGGAGAGCGAAAUCAACUACGAGGUCAAGGCGAGGGAUGCCAGAAAGUCUGAGCGAGCUUCGUCGUCUUUUCCGGGAUACUCCUUCAAAUCACUUCCACAACAAGAGCCGGACUUCAUGGAGCGACUCAUUGGCAAGCUUGGAUUGAGCCAUGAAUCUGUGAAGACCAUCGAGGGAAUUCCUUUUGACAAGCUGAUCACUGAUUAUAAAAAGAUUGGUCUUUCAGAACAAGAAGCUGAGAAGAUCCAUUCGGCCAUUCAAGAGGAGUUGAUCAGGAAAUGGGAACCAUCAUCUCUACUUCAGGAACUGGAGACUUACCAAGGAAUGAAUGCUUUUAACAAAACCGGCAGCCUUUCUGUGUUGAAGAUGUGCUACUUUGUGCAAAAUUUGAAUAUCCACUUGUUGGCAAUGCGAGAAGAAACUGUCGAAAUGCAGAAGAUUGUUGCCCGCAUUCGUGAUGAGAAGGAAUCAAAGAACAAAGGAUUUGAUGAUUCGAACAACAUCAAUCGAAUGCGCCAGUUACUCGUCUCGGGAAAAGGAUCGUGCGUGAAACUCGAGCAAGCUUUGGGCAAUCUGGCCGAUGAAAUUGGAAAGCAGCAAUCGUUCCUUGGCCGUCUUCGACACAAAAGCUCUCCAUUCAUUCACUGGACGAUGAUCGUGGGUGGAUCGAUGUGCGUUGGUUUCUGGAUCGGCAAACAAACGAGCGCAAUUUUUCUCGCUGUUCACUGGCUCACCAAAAUUUUGAACAUCUCGAAGAAAGUUUUG